AGGGCGAGCGCGUUACGUGUCCAACUUCCUCUCUUCUUCCCAUUUACAUCCAACUGGCUUUUACAGAACUGAGAACACUGCUGAUUGUCUUCUGCGCUCGCGUCUCGAAUCCAUCUCGCGUUCUCUCAAGGAGCAAAUUAAGCAAGAAGCAAGAACUUCAAGGUUCACAAAAGACACAGUGACAAACUACACAAACUAGAAACAUGCCGUCGAUCGCGUCUUUCUUUUGGAUUCGCGGUGCCGUCAGGCCGCAGACUUCAGAUGGCGAUUCCAAGAAGACCAAAGUGAAGCGCCGUCGCAUCCUGUUCAUGGAUAAAACUGGUUUCCGCGACUUCUUGCGGCGCUAUACUUCUUUCCAUUCCAACGCGAAGGGCGCGCGACGGUCUGGGGCUGCAUUGGCAGAUGUGCCUGAUUUGCCAAGUCUGCCCAUCUACCAAACCUUCACUUCCAUAGACCACAGUAUUAACCACGUAGUAUCAACAGGGGGGGAAAGAGCUCAGAUGAACCAUGCAACGAGCCUGGCUAGCGCAUCAUCCGCAGCCGAAAAGCCCGCAGUCAAUGACAGAGCGGUCGAGCUUGCAGAGGUUUAUCGUUCUAUCCUUCCCGACUUUGGUGAAGUUGGUAGCUGCCGGCUGGUGAGUUGACAAAGGCUCGCUUGUCAGAGCCCAUGUCACUCACAGACAGUCCAGCGACCAGGUGCUGCACACAAACCACUUCUCCGGCCAUCAA